UGGUUACAUAAAAAUAAUCAUUAGAAUUCAGUGUAGUUAAUCUUUUAUAUGAGAUAUUAAAAUUAACCCACAAAUUUCAGAGAAAUGAGAGAACACAUUCCUGAACAUGAGUGAUUUUACCGGGUGUCAAGAACCUGACCUGAAUACACAACACACAAUUACUCUCUCCUUAAUCCUUUUGUAUCUCUUCCAACAGCUCAAAUAUGAGUAACCACCUAUUCUGCCAGACAAAUUGCUAUGUUAAACAAUUUUUCAUCAAAGGUUAGUCACCUUUACCUUCUUGCUUCUUAUGAUUAAUAAGAGUAAAACUGUAGUUUAUGUAAUUCAAUUUCUUUAAUUUGAAUUAACCCAGUUUUCCUUUAUCAAUUCUGAACUAUGAGAACCUUCCUUUCUCGUCAAUUUUCAACUUUGCUUGAUUCUAUUUCUUCAAACCCGGCAUCUGCUAAAACCCUAUUCCCUGGGACUUUUGGGGGGAAGUGGAAUCCAAUUCCUAUACCCAACAGAACUCUCCCUGAAACCAAAGGUCAAGAUCUUGAUUUUGUUAAUGUUGCACACAGUCACUUAAUUCAUUCUGAUUGGAAAAAGCUUACUUCAUUGUCUACCCAUUUGACUCCAUUUAGGGUUAAGCACAUUCUAUUAAAGAUUCAGAAAGACCAUGUUCUUUCACUUGAAUUCUUUAAUUGGGUCCAAACCGAAAACCCCAGUUCUCAUACACUUGAAACCCAUUCAAUGAUUCUCCAUAUUCUUACCAAAAACCGAAAAUUUAAAUCUGCUGAGUUGAUUUUGAAGAGUGUUCUUGUUAAGGGUUUCAUAGAUUUGCCUGAUAAGUUGUUUGAAGCAAUUCUUUAUUCAUACCGAAUGUGCGAUUCCUCGCCUCGUGUCUUUGAUUCUUUGUUUAAGACUUUAGCACAUAUGAAAAAGUUUAGGAAUGCUACUGAUACAUUUUUGCAAAUGAAGGGUUAUGGAUUUUUGCCCACUGUUGAGUCUUGCAAUGCUUAUUUGAGCUCCUUACUUGAUUUGCAUAGGGUGGACAUUGCUUUGGCAUUUUAUAAAGAAAUGCGAAGAUGUAGGAUAUCACCCAAUGUUUACACUCGUAAUAUGGUUAUGCGUGCCUUUUGCAAAUCAGGAAAACUUGAAAAGGCAGUUCAAGUGUUUGAGGAAAUGGAAAGUGUUGGAAUUAGCCCUAAUGAUACAUCUUACAAUACCUUGAUUAUGGGAUACUGUCGUAAGGGUCUUUUGAACUCAGCUGUGAAACUUAAAAACUCGAUGAGGGCGAAAGGGGUGGAGGCAAAUGUGGUUACUUUCAAUAGUCUAAUUGAUGGAUUUUGCAAAGAAGGGAAACUACAUGAAGCUAGUAAAGUUUUUAGUGAGAUGAAAGUCUUGAAUGUAGCUCCUAAUACCAUAACUUACAAUACUUUAAUAAAUGGGCACAGCCAAAUGGGAAAUAGUGAAAUGGGCAGGAGGCUUUAUGAAGAGAUGUCAAGGAAUGGAGUUAAAGCUGAUAUAUUGACAUAUAAUGCCUUGAUUUUGGGUCUUUGCAAGGAGGGUAAGACCAAGAAGGCUGCAUAUAUGGUUAAAGAACUUGAUAAAGAAAACUUAGUCCCCAAUGCCUCUACCUUUUCUGCCCUUAUAAGUGGACAGUGUAUUAGAAAUAACUCUGACCGCGCAUUUCAGCUGUAUAAAAGUAUGGUCAGAAUUGGUUGUCAUCCAAAUGAACAAACUUUCAACAUGUUAGUUUCUGCCUUCUGCAAGAACGAGGAUUUUGAAGGGGCAUUCCUAGUCUUGAUGGAGAUGUUCGAGCGGUGCUUCACCCCUGGUUCUGAUGUUUUAUCAGAAAUUUACCAUGGGCUUUGUUGCUGUGGUAAAGAGCAUUUGGCAAUGAAGUUGAGCAGUGAGCUGAAAGCUAGACAUAUGAUGACAAAAGGUUUUGAGAAAGCUAAGCCUAUCAACGCAGGAGCAGAGAGAGAUGACAAGACAUCUAUCUGUACAUAAUUUGUAAGAUUUUGCUUGUUCUUCCUCUGUAAACACUAAAGCUUAGGUGCCAUUUGGUUCACAUUUUGGAAGUAUUACUCUUAAUCAAUGAGCAAAAUGAAUUUAAAUGUA